AUGUCUAACAUUUGCUACUCAGAAACCUCCAGCUCUCCUUCCCUUAGGAAUGCUCCCCAUAACCCUGUCACCUCACCCAGUGGCCUCUGUCCCACUGAGGUGAGCUGCAGAGAAGCCCCCUGCUCUCCUACCAGCAGCCUGGGCAGUAACACGCCGGACAGCUACCAUGAGCACUGCAGCGAACACACAAGCUGCCAAUCAAUCAGCUGCGAAAGGGGCCCCAGCAGCCCGCCAGGCUGUACUCGCAUUGCUUCUGGGGUAUCUGGACCUCAAGAAGGAACUAGCGGUCUUCCUGUCACAUCUCGUGGUUGCAGUUUCUGUCGUCCAGGAUCCUGCAGACAACCUUUCAGCUGCCGUCUUCCAAGUUACCAGUAUUAUGGAUGUCAGCGCUUGGGCUACCUGACCUGUGGCCGUCAACCACUAAGCUGUCGCCCUUAUAAUUGUGCACCACUGACAAAUCUAACCUAUGGAUACCAGGCUUUCAGCUGCAUGCCCAACUACUAUAAGCCCACAAGCUACACAUACAGCAAUUUUCGACCACUCUUCUCUUCCUCGACUGGAUGGCAGUAUCCCUACUAA